ACUCAUAACAUCCCGCCCCAUUCAACUCAACCACCAAAUGGCCACCACCUCUUUCCGUUCGCCGCCGUAUGAUGUGGAAGGCGCCGCCUCGUACGCCCCGAUUCCAGCUGGCCCCGAAGCGGAGCGCCCCAAAGCCAACAAACUCUUCUUCAUCACCAUUUUAUUUACAUCAAUUUUCUUGUUUCUUUUGAUCAUCAAUCAAAAGCCGACUCCUCAAAUCCCGAUGGAGGCGCCGUCAAGAGGGGUGGCGCAAGGGGUGUCGGAGAAGGUUUUCCGGGGAGUGAGCGGCGGAAACUUGAGCUUCGCGUGGAGUAAUGUUAUGCUGUCGUGGCAGAGGACGGCCUACCAUUUCCAACCUCAGAAGAAUUGGAUUAACGAUCCUAAUGGUCCAUUAUUCUACAAUGGAUGGUACCACUUAUUUUAUCAAUACAAUCCGGAUUCAGCUGUAUGGGGCAAUAUCACUUGGGCCCAUGCUGUCUCAAGGGACCUUAUCCAUUGGCUCCACCUCCCAUUUGCAAUGGUACCCGACCAAUGGUACGAUAUCAAUGGUGUCUGGACCGGGUCGGCUACCAUCCUACCUGACGGUCGGAUCGUCAUGCUGUACACCGGGGACACACGUGACGAGGUCCAAGUCCAAUGUUUAGCCUACCCGGCCAAUCUAUCGGACCCUCUCCUCAUAGAUUGGGUCAAAGACUCUAGUAAUCCGGUAUUGUUUCCCCCACCAGGCAUAGGUAGCAAGGACUUUAGGGAUCCCACAACGGCAUGGCUUAGCCCGGAUGGCGACAAGUGGCGCAUCACGAUUGGUUCUAAGGUCAACAAGACCGGAAUUUCACUUAUUUAUGAGACUAAGGAUUUCAUAGAGUAUGAACUUUGGGAGGAGUAUUUGCAUCAGGUUCCGGGUACGGGCAUGUGGGAGUGUGUUGACUUUUACCCGGUUUCUUUGACCGAGGAAAAUGGGCUUGACACGUCGGCUAAUGGGCCUGGUAUUAAGCACGUGCUGAAAACAAGCUUGGAUGAUGACAAGAAUGACUAUUAUGCCCUUGGUGUGUAUGACCCGAUAAAGAACAAAUGGACACCUGAUGACCCGGAAAUUGAUGUGGGCAUUGGACUAAGGUAUGAUUAUGGGAAAUAUUAUGCGUCGAAGACGUUUUAUGAUCAAAAUACACAUAGGCGAAUCCUGUGGGGUUGGAUUAGAGAAACUGAUGCUGAGUCUGUCGAUUUGUUGAAAGGAUGGAAUGGCGUCCAGUCGAUACCGAGAAGCAUAGUGAUGGACAAAAAAACUGGGAAAAACAUACUUCAAUGGCCAGUUGAGGAAGUGGAAAGCUUAAGAUUAAGCAAAGGUAAUGUUGAGAUCAAUGAUGUGAAGCUUGCACCAGGAGCUCUUGUACAACUUGCAAUUGACUCCCCAUCACAGUUGGAUUUGGUGGCGACAUUUGGCAUUGAUGAGGCAAUAGCCUCGGUCUCGGCCUCAACAUCAGAAGAUAACAUGAGUUACGAGUGCUCAACGAGUGGUGGUGCUGCUAAUAGGGGAGUUUUAGGGCCAUUCGGUGUGAUAGUUUUGGCAGAUGAUAUACUAUCGGAGUUGACUCCCAUUUACUUCUACGUCGUAAAGGGGUCUAAUGGCAACACCCAUACUCAUUUUUGUGCAGAUGAGCUCAGGUCUUCAAAAGCUAAUGAUGUUGAGAAGAUAGUGUAUGGAAGCGAAGUCCCUGUGCUUGAUGGUGAAAAGUUAUCCCUCCGAUCAUUGGUUGAUCAUUCGAUCGUGGAGAGUUUUGCUCAAGGGGGAAGAAGAGUAAUUACAUCAAGAGUCUAUCCUACGAAGGCAAUCAAUAGCGCCGCACGAGUUUUCUUGUUCAAUAAUGCUACAGAAGCCACUAUUAUUGCAUCAAUCAAGAUAUGGAAAAUGGAUUCAGCGGAUAUUCAUCCAUUCCCAUUUGAUCAUAUAUGAAUACGCCCAAUAUCCUUAAGAGAAUAAUAGUGAUAUGAUGCAUCAUGCUCACACAUAUGUUACCACAUAAUUGAUUCUGCUGGAUUUUGUUAUAUACUGAAGGCUUGCCAGCAGCUCUUGUUUAGAUUUAUCAAACAUCAUCUGAAUAAAACUUGUUGAGAACUUUUUCUUGUAA